AUGUAUGCUGCAAGUCCAACAAAGCUACUUAUUCUCACCGAAAAAUUCAAACCUGGUACUCUUUUGCCCACAGGUGAUUAUGCUUUCCUUGCAUGGAAUUUUGUUGCGGCUUUAAUUCUGGACUUGUCCUGGAAGUACUACUUUAGCCGUCCUCUAUCUAAUUAUGUGAUUUUAGACGAAGUGGACGACGUAAGUCUGCGUUUAUAUUUUUACGUUUUUUUCUUGCUCCUUGCAUCGCGUAUCUUUGUGCCGUACUAUACUGGACAGGUCAUCGCUACUGUAGUGGCGACAAAGUCUUAUUCGGCACUUGCAGCAUCCGUCUCUGUAAUGGCAUUCAUUUCUUGUGUCAGUGCUAUAGCAGCUGGGCUUCGUGGUGGAUCAUUCGAGUAUGCGUAUUCGAGGAUUAAUCGAGCCAUAAGAUACGAUUUAUUCACAGGAGUGGUCAGACAGGAAGUCGCUUUCUUUGACGCUCAUAAGACAGGUGAAAUUGCUUCACGUAUUGCUGCUGACUGUCAAACAAUGUCCGACAUGGUGGCGAUGAAUGUGAACGUAUUCCUCAGAAAUGCCGUAAUGCUGCUUGGAUCGAUGAUUUUCAUGAUGACAUUGUCGUGGCGUCUUUCACUUAUCACAUUUAUCUUGGUGCCGAUUAUUUUUGUUGCAUCGAAAAUUUUCGGAUCUUAUUACGACUUGCUUUCCGAACGCACCCAGAACUCCGUCGCCGAAUCGAACGAUGUUGCUGAAGAGGUAUUGUCUACGAUGCGAACGGUACGGUCAUUUGCCUGUGAAAAUGUCGAAGCUGAUCGAUUCUACAUGAAGUUAACGAUAACGCUCAACGUUGCAAAAACCAAAGCGAUAGCAUACAUUGGUUUCUUAUGGGUUUCCGAGUUAUUCCAAACCUUCAUCAUAGUUGCGGUAUUGUGGUAUGGAGGGCAUCUUGUACUAACAGGAAAGAUGAAAGGUGAUUUACUCAUAUCGUUCCUUCUUUAUCAAAUGCAGCUGUGUGAAAAUCUACGACAGAUGGGUGAAGUUUGGACAGGCUUAAUGCAGUCAGUAGGGGCAAGUAGGAAGGUUUUCGAGUACAUUGAUCGUGCUCCGACAAUUCUUCACUAUGGUGCAGCUCAACCGUCAUUGCUCAGAGGUCGUAUUGAAUUCCGAAAUGUGCACUUCAGCUAUCCGACGAGAAAUAAUGUACCAAUUCUUCGAGACCUCUCGUUCACUGUCGAACCGGGAGAAACUGUGGCUUUGGUGGGACCCUCUGGAUCAGGCAAGUCAUCUUGCAUCGCCCUAUUGGAAAACUUCUACCAACCAAUUGCUGGUCAAGUAUUCAUUGACGAUGUGCCGAUAGAAGAGUACGAACAUCAUUACAUACAUAGAAAGAUUGCUCUUGUUGGGCAAGAGCCAGUAUUAUUCGCUCGAUCAAUUGCCGAAAACAUUCGAUACGGUGCAGACGUCAUGGAGGGGACGACGAUGAAGUACGCAACUAACGUUGGAGAGAAAGGCAGUCAGAUGUCUGGGGGUCAAAAACAACGGAUUGCUAUUGCAAGAGCAUUGGUUAGACAACCAGCAAUACUCCUACUUGAUGAGGCAACAUCAGCUCUCGACACAGAAUCCGAACAUCUAGUGCAGGAGGCCAUUUACAAGAAUCUGGGCGGUAAAACUGUAAUAAUGAUUGCACACCGGCUGUCCACUGUAGAAAAAGCGGACAAGAUUAUUGUCAUUAACAAGGGCAAAGUCGAGCAGAUGGGAAAACAUGACGAACUUCUACAACAACCUGGUACUUAUGCAGCUCUGGUGACUAGACAAAUGGUAGGACCACAAGCACAUGUGGAUCUGAGCCUCUCAUCACAACCAAGGUAA